CAGAAAUUCUUCAGCACAAGCACUGUGCUUUCUGCUGAGAAAGAUGAGUCUACGGCUUCCAAAACCAGCACCAAUGAAGUGGCAUCAGAGAGGAAGGAAGGCAAAGCAGAAACACCAAAGCAGAAGCUGUUAGACCUUAUUGGUGAUAUGAAAGUAGAAAUGAGCUACAGCAAGAAACUUCAACAGUUAAAAACACGUGAGAUCAAAAAGCAAGCCACAGGCAAUGCGGAAGGCCUGGACAGUGGAGGUGCUGUGCCUCGGAGAUCUACAGAAGACAUCCAGCGAGGCAAGCCUUUAAAUCCAGAAUUGGUGGAGGCUGCUUCUGCAGUUGCAUCUUCCCUAUCACUCAACAAGAAAGAGACAGAAUCAGAAUUACUUGCACAAUUAAGACGACAUGAAGAAAUCACAGAUAAACAGAAAAAGGGGACAACUGUUGACUUACGCAAUGUUCUUUCCAAAAUGGCAAUUAAAAGGCAGUCCACAGCUCAGAGAGGUGUGAGGAUAUCCAAUCGCAUCUCAUUGGAUUUGGAUGAGGAUGUUCAAAGCAAGUCUGGAAGACUAUUACCUCCGUCUUUUGUCUCCGGAAGAAGUCUCAAAGUAGGAAGGAGGCUUAAUAUAUUCACUAAGGCUUCUACAGAAACAGAAAAUGCACUGGAAACAGUAUCUCCACCAACAAUUUGGGAUCUGGAAUUUGCAAAGGAGAUUGCAGCAGUAACUGCCCAGCCUCCCCGAAAUGGUUUUGAGGAGAUGAUCCAGUGGACAAAAGAAGGAAUACUGUGGGAGUUCCCAAUUGACAAUGAAGCUGGGAUGGAGGAGGAUGCUGAAUUUCAUGAACAUAUCUUUCUGGAGAAACACCUUGAAAACUUCCCCAAGCAAGGACCUAUUCGCCACUUCAUGGAACUAGUCAUCUGUGGGCUUUCAAAAAACCCUUACCUCAGUGUUAAACAGAAGAUUGAACAUAUUGAGUGGUUCCACAAUUAUUUUGAGGAAAAGAAGGAAUUUCUUCAAGAGAUUUGAGACUUGGGAAAGUGCUUAACCUUGAAAUGAAGUGUCAUUGUGUCAGAUGAUUUCUUCUAAUGGAAAUGCUAUCAAUAUAUCAUGUGACCUGGAAGUUGUAUUUUAAAUAAUAAACUGAAAGGUCAUAAUUCCAUGUGUGUAUGUCUGUGUAUAUGUAGAUGGUUUUGUGACAACA